AUGAUCCUCAGUCGCUUUGCUUCUCGACAUUUCUGCGUUGAAGGCGAGGCGAGUCACCGCAUGAAAUCAACAGCGCACGGCCAGGAGAAAAUCUUGGAUCCCCAAGUGUGUCGAUCUGACUUCAACGGAUCUGAACUGUAUGAGGACUAUGAAGAUGGUGCUUCUCUCAAAGGAGCAAAAAAAUCAGGAGAACUGGAUUACUCUCCACAGGGGCUGCUCAUAUCAUCAAUGGCAUUGGAGGCCUUUGAAAAGCCAGGGCAGAAACUCCGUGAGAUCACGAGCAAGAUGAUGUGGCUGGUCGUGCGCGCCCUCCUCCUCCUCCUCCUCAUCAUCAAACUCUACAUGAAGUUGUCCUCCCGUCGAUGCCGGUGCAGGGGGAGGCUGGACGGGAAGACUGCUCUCGUCACGGGGGGGACACAUGGUAUUGGGAAAGCGACGGUGGCGGAGUUGGCUCGAAGAGGCGCUCGAGUUCUCAUCGCCUGCCAGGACUUCUGCUCGGGAAGAAAAGUGGCAGAGGAGAUCAAGAGAGAGACUGGAAACUCGGAAGUGUUCGCCCUGCACUGCGACCUCUCGAGCCUGGAGUCCGUGAGGACCUGUGCGGAGACGAUCCUGAGGACGGAGAAGCACCUGCACCUGCUGAUCAACAACGCCGCCGUGGCCAUCCCGCGCGACGAGAGGGUCCUCACCGGCGACGGCCUCGAACAGCACAUGGCUGUCAAUCACUUCGGCCAUUUUCUCCUCACUCAUCUCCUACUCGAACUGCUGAAAAAAUCGCAGCCGAGUCGAAUCGUCAACGUGUCGUCUCUCGCCCACUUGUUCGGGAAGAUCGAAUUCGACAACCUCAAUUCGGAGAGGAAAUACCAUCGAUACCGUAUUUACGGCGACACUAAGUUGGCCAACGCCCUCUUCACCAUGGAGCUCAGCCGAAGACUCAAAGGAACAGGAGUGACAGCCAACUGCUGCCAUCCGGGAGGAACAGUGACCAAAGUGGCCCGCAACGUCGUGAACUUCGACCCUCUCUUCUGGGUCGGCCGCUUCUUUCUGAAGAGCUCGGUGGAAGGCGCACAGACGACUGUCCACUUGUGCCUGAGCGAGAAGCUGGAAAAUGUCUCCGGGAAAUACUUCAUCGAGUGUCGCGAGGCGUGGAUGUCGAGCAGGGCGAAGGACCCCGCCGUGGCCAAGAAACUGUGGGAACGCUCCGAGUACCUCGUGGGACUGGCCAACUGACGCGAAAUGACAGACGACAAACCCAACAUCCACUUUCUUCCAUUCCGUCAAGCCCCUACGACACACGGAACGCACAAACGACGAACCCGACACGAAAGCAAAACAAGAGGAGAAAACGCACACCGAGACGAAGCCUCCCUCCCAACCUCCCCUACCCCUUGAACAUAUCGCACAGAACCUUCUCCAUCGGAGUGUCUCCGAUGGUCCUCGCGAAGAAAAGCCUCUCCAGCCUUGCAUUGGGGACGAGUCUGAGACUGGGCAACAGAAGGAGGA